AUGGGCGCACUGCCCACCAAGGAAGAUGGCCCCACCGGCUUGCCCUCGUCCCCGCGUAAUAACCGCUCAGAGCACAUCAACCCUUCCGCCUUUUCCCCUCACCCAUCCCAGAGAUCCUCCCACGAGGACCUGGACAUUCCCCACGAGAAGCGUCUCGCCAAGCGUCAGAUCGAAGUCUACUAUCGCGACUUUUUCAUGCUCUACCAUGACCGCGAGCAUGCCAUAGCACGCAUCGAGUCCGCUGCACGCGCGGGCCAUAUCGAUGAGGCUACCAGGGUGAGGCUUCGGAAGGAACAGUUUAUGCGGGAGCUCGAAUACAUUCGCCGCAAGCGCAACCCCAUGAGCAUUGCCCACUACGAAAUUAUACGCAAAAUUGGACAAGGCAGCUUUGGCGAGGUCUUUCUCGUCAGGCAUCGCGGCGAUCGACGCUUGUAUGCUAUGAAAAAGUUGCAGAAGAGGGAUAUGAUUUACAAGAGGCAGGUCCACCACGUCUGGCUCGAGCGCUUUGUUCUGGCCUCUGUCGGCGAGCACCCGCUUGUCGUCAAGAUGCAUUACUCGUUUCAAGACGAACACCAUCUCUACUUUAUCAUGGAAUACUUGCACGGCGGCGACAUGAUGACAAUGUUUAUCCGCAAGGAGUUUCUCCCCGAGGAUUGGGCCCGUUUUUAUAUUGCCGAGCUCGUCGUCGCUAUUGAUGCCCUCCACAGGACGGGUAUCAUUCAUCGCGAUAUCAAGCCCGACAAUAUUCUUUUCCGAAAAGACGGCCACAUCUGCUUGUCUGAUUUUGGCCUUUCGAAAAGUCUCAUGCAGCCCUCGGAGCGCCACUGGCUUGCUAUCACAAGCACAGAAUACGUCAACCGCCCCAACUUUAUCGAGCAUAUCCGCCGCGGUGAUGUCGACUUCCCCCUUGCCUACAGAGUCAAGCUAUGGAAGGCUCUGGCCAAGGAGAAUGCUUUCUCCCAGGUUGGCACUCCCAAUUAUAUCGCCCCAGAGGUUCUCCAGGAUCGCAGUUACUCAGAGUCGUGCGACUGGUGGUCCGUCGGCGUUAUUCUUUUUGAAAUGCUUGUUGGUUGCCCCCCCUUCUGCUCCAGAGACCCGGCCAAUGUGACUAGUAUGAUAUGUCAGUGGAAGCGCUACUUUCACUUUCCCCGCGAGCUUCCCGAGUCAAGGAUGAGCCCUGCGGCAAGAGACUUGAUUUGUCGUCUCCUCUGCGAUUCGCGCAAUCGUCUGGGCGCCAAGCGUGGGUUGGAAGAAUUUAAAGAACACCCUUUCUUUGCUGGCAUUGAUUGGCAUAGUCUUGCCCGCACACCCGCUCCCUUUAUCCCAGAGCUAGAGUCAGAAGAAGAUACGCGCUAUUUCGAGGACGACAUCACAAAGUCGGACAUUUCAAAGCUCAUCCCGCGAAAACCCGAGAUGGCGCAAGAGCCGUGCAGUGGACUGUUGGAAACUUUUGAAAGUGGAAACGAAGACACUCGCAAUAGUACAUCCAAGAUAACGCGGCGUCGCUCCUCGAAGCGCUUCCGAUAUAACCGAAAUAGAGACUUGGAGUUUGUCGGCUUCACAUUUAUACCAAGGCACCUGGACACACAAUGGGGCGGCUACCAGAACUUGAACCAUGAGCCACAUCGGCAUCACGCGGCAGUAAGGAGGGGACAGCAGUCGUCGACGAUGACAAACGCGUUGUCACUGGAAGGUGGGAGAGAAGAGAGUCGGUUAAAGCCGUUGCGUUCCCCGCGCGGGGCGGAGGCCGCAGCAGUGAUCGCUGCAGCAGAAGUUGUGACAGAAAAGAAUCGUGGUACCCAUCUUCCAGAUCGUGUGACAGAUGCAGCUCUCGAGUGCAAGCAAACGGAAACGUCGGAUGGCAGAAGCGGACACGUCAGGUUUGUGGAUACGAACGAGGCCGUCGAACCUCAAAUGAGCGAAAAUGUGCCACCAACCGUGUCUUCCACCGCAGACGGCGCGUUCGCCAUCUCAACGCACAUCCAGAUGGACCGGGAGCAAACUCUAUCCGAGCCAGAGAGCUUUCCUGCGAUGGCACUCAAGAACGACGAGGAACUGGAAAAUGAUUCCGGCGGAGAUUCCCUCGGUGAGAAAGCACUUGGUGCAGAGGUGGUGAAGGAGGUCUCGAUUCGACCCUCUACUGUUUUUUGGGACGAAUUACCGCCCAAGCAGACCGAGGAGAAGCGAGAUGGGAGCAUCACGCGAAGUCUUCACAGCUGCAUUUCCCUCCCCGAGUUGCGAUCGAAACAUGCACGGUCAGACGUCGAGGACACUGAUGCAGAAGACGAGACCCAAGGAAUACCGGAAUCCGCCAACAUCGAGGCUGAGUCUGCAUGCUCGGCCGGCACCGACGACGAUGGUGUUGAGCGCCGCAUGAGCCGCCUCCAUAUACCAGAGGAGGUUUCGUCUUGUCCCCCAAUGAAAACUCCUCGCACGCGACAGGCUACAGGCACUAAUUCACCGCAGAGUGGCGUUAACUUGAAACCGACUGCGUCCGAAGUUGAUCUCUUCGUCGAUUAUGCAUCCAGGGAACUGAACACUGCGUCAAGGGAGUUGACCAACACUCCCACAAGUAACGUUCCUGCCGUUAUUCGGCAUGCAAAGGAAGACCUGUCGGGGACUGCAGCUGAAAUUCAAGAAAGCUUGGGGCCAAGGACCAGCACGUCCACAGCAAGCACUGAUAUGUCAGAGUUUCCGGAUCGAGCGAAUGCUCAUCCAGUUCCUAACAAUUCCGUCGUUUCCUCAGAUUCAAUGUAGUACAGAGCCUUACAUUUUAGUGGUACGGGCGCACCUUUGUUGGAGCAGCCCCCUAACUCUUGUAUAUAUGUAAACGAGUUAUUAUUGAUGACA